CGGGGAUCUGUUCAUAUCACCCUCCUCCUGAGCGAGCGUCUUGGCAUGUCAGAGCCAACGAACGAAACGCUCGCACUCCAAGCGGAGAAUGACGUCGCAGACGUUCAUGAGGAAGACGUGGAAGACGAUUCCGAGGAAGACGAAGAAGAUGACGCUGAGGAGGAAGCCGAAGAAAUCGCUCGUAGACUGGGAGACCAGCUCUGGGCAGAAAUCAGCAAGGCUCAGGCAGAAGCUGCUGCUGCCGCCGCCGCAUCUGCGUCUUCCGAGUCUGCACCUCCAUUAGCAGCAGAACAGGACCAUCAUUCCGCUCAGGACAUAUACCCAGAGCCUACCGCACAGUCUUCACAUGGAGAAAAGACCACGGUGUCCGUCGUUGCAAGCUCUACUAAACGACUGGAGGAUGCUAUGGCCACGAUGAAAACGAUUCUAUCUUACACUUCCAAGGACCCCCAAGCUUAUGCUACUCUACAGUCGACCCUCGUUCCAGGGACACCAGUCUCAAAUUUGAACGUCCUGGACGCUCUCACUCGCACUGUCGCUCGCGGUCGUAUCUCAAGAGAUCUCGCACGAAAGCUCAGUCAUCUUUUAGUGUCUCUUGCUCGAUCCGAGGUGCUUUUCUCGUCGCUCAGAAAUUCAAACGCUUCCUCGAUACAGCUCGAGCAAGGAAAGCGGAAACGAGAGGCUCAUGACGUAGAUGGCUCUGAUCCAGGCUUGUCGCCCCCCAUAUCUCGUGCCACUAAGCGCCCCACCUACUCCUCUGCGCCGCCGCCGCCGCCAGCACCCGCACCAGAAAUGGACAACCCUUACGCAGAGCUUCUCUCGCAGAUGCUUAAAGCCGUUCAGUCCGUCACGACAGCGCUCACUCCCUCAGAUCCAACAAAGUCCACCACCAUCGACUCCUCCACCAUCUCCCCCAUCCAACUCCACCUCCACCAAGUUUUUCUCUUCGCUAUGACGACCUCUGCUCGAUUAACCCCGGAAACACACGCACUACAAGAGAUCGGCGGGCUUAUUCAAGUCUUGGGCGUGCUCAGUGGCAUCCAGAUAGGUGCAGCGCCGCCUCCAGAGCUCCAAUAUCCUGGCCUACCGCCUCAAGGAACUUGGCCCGCCGGUACACAAGCCAGCGAUAUUGGGACAGCGGUAUACCCAUGCCUCCUCCCUACCUGUCCCAAAACUUUCUCUCGACUCUACAGCCUUCGCGCUCAUCAACGGACCUACGCCCACCCACAAUCGCACGCGCAUCUGCCAGGCUCACAAGCCGCCAUUCUGGCCUCUCAGCGUCCUUACCAUUGCGGACAUUGUCCGGCUUCUUUCGCGAGGAAUCACGAUUUGAAGAGACAUGCGAAGGUUCAUGAGAGGCAGGCUUGGAAGUGUACGGGAUGCGACAAGGUUUUCUCGAGGCGAGACGCGAUCACGCGCCACAAGAAUGCGAGUCGUUCCAAGUUGAGGGGCGGUGGCGGAAAAGGGAGAGGAGCAGGUCUGAGCGAAGCUGAGAGAUGUGUAGAUGCGGAAGUGAUCGAAGUCGACGUUGAUAGGCCCGGGGGGUUCGGCUGGUCCAUCGAUCACGACGAAGUCUUGAAGGAGGGUCGAAGAGCGAAGAUGUGGGCGCCACAGGGCGCAUAUGGACAGCAUGUCUAUAGUCUUCCUACCGAGUCUGGUGGAGAGGAGCAUGCGGCGAUGGCUCCCGGCAGUAUGGGCAUCGGAAUCGUGGAGGAAGGGGAGAUUCCGCCAGGGCUUUUAAGAGAGGCGCAGUUGGCGGCGUUGAGCUUGCAUCCGGUCUUGCAGGAGAGAGUCUCGAAAGCAUUGGCCCAUACUGCAGGAGCAGUACAAGCUGGGGUCAUAUCACAACAACCCAUCUUCACGCAGAAUGUGGGCGCGACCACGCAGGAGGAUCAUUCAUCACAUUCUACUGCAGAACCUGCCCAUCCGCCUUCGAAUCCAUCGCCAUCUGCGCCACAAGCCUCUGAACCUCCAGAGAACCUCCAGAGUCCUACUUCUCCCAAUACCAUUGACGAGCUUGGAGCGGACACGCAAGCACCCCCAGGUCCCGAACUCGACGCUCCGACUGCAGGAGCUGCAAGUCUUGCGUCGUAUGGACUUUCGGAGGAGCAGACGAGGAUGAUCCAGAUGGCUAUUGCUAAUGCUGCAAGUGCGGCACAGUUGCAGGCUGAGGCCGAAGCUGCCCUAGAGGAAGACGAGGAUAAAGAUGACGAUGAUGACGAGGAUUUCGAAUCCGAGGAGGAUGCGCAAUGAAUAUUCCAUGAUCUGCUGUCACGUCGUUUGCUAUCUCAGUGCUGUAAUAUUGUUUGUAAUCGUCGAUCAACC